UGGGGUAAACGCAGGCGCAUUGAGGCAGAGAGGAUAAUAUUACAGACUGAUUCAGAUCCUUUCUGACUUCAGACAGCAAAGCAGAAAACAUUUCAGAGCAAAGCCCUGGAAAACACUGGGAAAUCCAUGCUCCUACCUAACGGAAAUAUGAGAACGAAAUUCGAAGUUUGUACUUGGCACUACAAACUUAAAAUCUAUUUAUUUAUCUAGGGGUCAACCAAGAGAGUUUAACCAUUCUUCCAAGGGUUUUACAGGCAUUUAAAAGUAGUAUUUUUUAACUAGGUAUUUCAGAAUGAAAACUUUAUCAGAAGCAAAUUCUCCUUGUUAAAUCUGUUGUACUCUGUGAUUGAAAAAAAAACAAGAUCUUGGGGAUAGAGAAACAAGAAUUGGGGAUUAGAUCAUUAAAGAAGACAAAAUUAGAAGCUGACUGUGUUCAACAAUUCCAUAAAAUAAGAACAGACGCAGGAGAAGAUAUCUGAGAUGGCUGCAGGAGGAAUCACAACCUUUCCCACAGUACCUGAUGAUGGAGGCAGUAGUCCCUUCUCUCCGGGAAGCUUUAAGGAGCCCAAAAGACUUUACUGUAAAAAUGGAGGAUAUUUCUUGAGGAUAAACCCUGAUGGAAGAGUGGAUGGAAUCAGGGAGAAGAAUGACCCUUGCAUAAAGCUGCAACUCCAGGCAGAAUCGAUUGGAGUGGUUUCAAUCAAAGGGAUCAGUGCAAACCGUUAUCUUGCAAUGAAUGAAGAUGGACGGUUAUUUGGUACAAAAUGUGCAACAGAUGAAUGCUUCUUCUUUGAGAGACUAGAGUCCAACAACUACAACACUUACCGCUCUCAGAAAUACCCGGACUGGUACGUAGCGUUGAAGCGGACUGGGCAGUUCAAGUCAGGAUCAAAAACAGGACCAGGGCAGAAAGCCAUUCUUUUUCUUCCAAUGUCAGUAAAGAGUUGAUUUGGCUUUGCUGUUGCACCCACUCAACAUUUAAAAGGACGUGAUGAAAACUAAAAAGUUGGGCAGGGAUAAUGUACAUACCUGCUUUAGCAAAGAACCAGUGCGACCAACCCUUAAUCUUUACUGAUACAUUAUGCAAUAAGCCUCUUAAGGUAUACAAAAGAGCUAAAUAUAAAACAAUAAAGGAUUUAUUAGACUUAAAAUUAAAACAAUGUGAAUAAAAUAUAGUAGACAUGGUAAAUGCCUUUUAUAAUAAUAACUAUAUCUUUAUUUUUGUAUAGUGCCCUUCAUAGUAGACCACCAUCACAAUGCG